UGAGCCAUAAUGUACAGAAAAAUGACAAUAAAAUUAUAUUAAAGUUAAUUUUCAUCAUUUCUUGCAGAAAAGAGUGAAUCAAAAACACCUUGAUGUUAAAGAAAUGCAGUAUGUAGCCUCUGUACCCCUGUACCUUUAACGACCUCCAGAGACCUCAGCUGAAGUUAAUUUGUUGACAGGAUCACACAAUCAAAGAGCCAGGUGUCAGACUUGACAGUUACGAUUGACGUUUAAGACCCUUGAAUUUUUUUUGCCCACUUUUAGGUUUCAGUCAUUGGUGGUGAUGUUGAAUAACAUUUGGCCUACAUGUCUGCCAGAAAAGAGAAGUAUUUUGUCAAGCAACUUUCAUGCUGCUGGUGUGUGUGUUGUCCUUCAACGUGGACCAGAAAAACGGCUUGUCGUUCAGCGGUCCGCUGGAGGACAUGUUUGGCUACACUGUCCAACAGUUUGAGAACAGCGAGGGGAAAUGGGUUCUGAUUGGAUCGCCGCUGUCGGGCCAGCCAGCUAAACGGACAGGAGACGUCUACAAGUGUCCUGUGGGGAAAGAGGACAACACAUGUGUCAAACUGGAGCUGCCUAAAAAUACAACAGUUCCCAACUUACAUGAAGUCAAGGAGAACAUGACCAUGGGAACCACACUGGUCACCAAUCCCAAUGGAGGAUUUCUGGCCUGCGGUCCACAGUACGGCUACAUGUGCGGGCAGCAGCAGUACAUCUCAGGAGUUUGUGCAAAUGUCAGCUCUUCCUUCCAGAUCCUCAACUCUGUGGCACCGGCCGUGCAAGAGUGUGGGAAGGAGCUGGACAUUGUUAUAGUUCUGGAUGGAUCUAACAGUAUCUACCCCUGGUCCAGUAUCAUAGAUUUUCUGAAACGUUUCAUUGAGAAAAUUGAGAUCGGACCUAAACUCUCACAGGUGGGCAUAGUGUCCUAUGGUGAGACUGUGACUCAUCGUGUCAAUCUGAGCCAGUUUGACAACACUGGUGCUCUGCUGGAUUUUGUUGCGGGACUUCCUCAGCAGACUGGCUUCAAGACCAUGACUUUCCUGGGCAUCGAUACCGCCAGGAAGGAGGCAUUUAUGCCAGAGCGAGGCGCACGACGUGGUGUGAAGAAAGUCAUGGUAAUUGUGACUGAUGGAGAAUCCCAUGACUUCCAUAAUUUGGACAAGGUCAUAAAUGACUGCAACAAAGACAACAUCGAGAGGUUUGGCAUUGCUGUGUUGGGUGACUACAAUCGUCAGAAUAAAAGUGCAGACGAAGUGCAGAAGUUUAUCAAGGAGAUCGAGUCCAUCUCCAGUGAGCCUUUACGAGAACAUUUCUUCAAUGUGUCUGACGAGGUGGCCUUGCUGACCAUUGUGGAUGCUCUGGGAAGCAGGAUUUUUGCCUUGGAAGCUACGACUGGCAAUUUUACCACCUCCUUUGAGAUGGAGAUGUCCCAGGCUGGUUUUAGCGCCCAUACUUCACAAGAAGGUGUGUUACUGGGAGCAGUGGGAGCGUAUGAGUGGAGCGGGACAGUGGUAAUGCAUACUGCUGGAGGAACAAUCGUUCCAGGAAAGAACCAAUUCUAUGACCCAAAGACUGAGGUUGGAUAUGAAAGACUUGCUGGGUACCUUGGCUAUGAUGUCCAGUCAGCUUCCACCCCUGAUGGAGUGCUGUACAUCACAGGCGCGCCGCGGUACAACCACACAGGCCGGGUUGUUAUCUAUCGUCUGAAUGAAGAGAACAACAUUGUCGUCUCACAGAUACUGAAAGGAGAACAGAUUGGUUCCUAUUUUGGGAGCGUACUGCAGACUGUUGAUGUUGAUGGGGAUUCCUACACCGAUCUCCUCUUGGUUGGAGCUCCAAUGUAUAUGGGCACAGAAAAAGACGAACAGGGACAAGUCUACGUCUACAAAGUCAACCAGGACGGCCAUUUUGAACACGAGUUCACUUUAAAGCCUGUCAAUCAGUCCUGUUGUACUGCCCACUCGGCCAUCUGCACGAAUAAAAACGAACCAUGUGGUGCCCGCUUUGGUACAGCCAUUGCAGCCAUAUCAGAUCUCAACCUUGACAGGUUUAAUGAUGUGGCAAUUGGUGCACCUUUUGAGAACGACCACAGAGGGGCCGUCUACAUCUAUCAUGGAGAUAAGAAGUCACUGAAAGAGAAAUUUGUGCAGCGUAUCCCUGCAGGAGGGGACGGAGAAAAGGUGAAGUUCUUUGGCCAGUCCAUACAUGGAGUCAUGGAUCUAAAUGGAGAUGGAAUCACUGAUGUUACUAUAGGAGGUCUGGGAGGGGCUUCACUAUUCUGGUCCAGAGAUGUUGCAGAGCUUCGUGCCAACAUGACUUUCGACCCUGCCAAAAUCAACUUGCAGCAAGCUCAAUAUCAGUGUGAACAAGGUGGACGCAAGUCUUUGUGUGUGAAAACUGAGGUGUGCUUCACCUACAGUAUCAAAUCUGACCAGCAGGACUUGACCUCUGAUACAGAGAUCCGGUAUGAUCUGACUCUGGAUGCUCUACGUGCGAAUGCCAGGGCCUCAUUUAUUGACUUGGAUGACAAAAGCGAUCGUAGAAUCACCAAGACCUUCUACAUCAAAGACAGAGAGAGAAAAUGUGUGGAAGAAACCUUUAUGAUGUCGACCCGGCUGGACUUCCGAGACCCUCUCAUGGUAUCUUUAACGUUUGGAAAAGCUGAUGAGGACCAAGGCCCCGUCCUGGAUGAAAGCCUUCCCAGAUCCAUCAAUAAGACAAUUCCCUUAGUGGACUGUGGAAGCGAUGAGAAGUGCGUUGCUGAUCUCUCUCUCAAAGCGGAGCCUAGUGUAAAAAGAAUGCUGAUCAGAGCAACCAACGACAAGAUCGAUGUGAACAUCAUCAUCAAAAACAGCAAAGACAACGCGUACAACACUAAAGUCACCCUCAGCUUCACGCCGAACAUCAACUACGUUAAAGUAGAGCCGGAGAAGGAGUGCUAUCUGAAUCACACCAAAGUGGAGUGUGCCAUCGGAUACCCCUUCCUGGGUAGCAAUGUAGAGGAAAUUUUUAAAGUGAAAUUUGAGGCCAAUCCUAAACACAUUCAGGAGGUAAUUCAGAUCAACGUGACAGCCACAAGUGACAGCGAAGAGUUGGAUUCUACGCUGAAUGACAACACGGUGCAGAUCUCCAUCCCUGUAAAGUAUCAAGCCGGACUCAUAUUCACAGUGCGGCCUGUGGAUGAACACGUUGUAGUAAAAGAGGGCGAACAGUUUGCCAGUGUGUUCAAUGACACCAGGAUGAUUGGAGAAGAGAUCAACAUCAGCUACACGGUGCAGAGAUCAGGUGAAACGGUGACUCCGCCGCUCAACCUUACCGUGAUGUAUCCCCACCUGUCACCUCGGCAGAACAACUUACUGUACCUGACACAUGUGGCCCCCAGCUCACAGGUGAAAUGCAACGCCUCACCUUGGAUCAACCCUCAUGGCAUUAACCCGGGUGUUAUAAAUCCAAGUCCAAAGAAAGAAACACUGAGCGUCUUCCUUCUGAGCUGUGAAAACCUCAACUGUGCAUCAUUUAGCUGCUCCAUCCCAGAGGCUGCGAUCAGUCAGGUCAACGUCACGUUCAGAGUGUGGAAACCGACCUUCAUCAAGGGCGAGUUUUCCAGUCUGUAUAUGUUGGUCAACGCCACGCUGGACAUCAAAAACACUGAACUGUUUGAACUGAGCAGUAGUGACCGGGCCAGAAGUGUAAAGAUCCAGGUUUCGAAGGAGACCUUAAGUGGGAUCCCUAUUUGGAUCAUCAUCAUAAGCAUCCUGAUAGGACUGCUGAUCUUGGCACUUGUCAUCUUUGCUCUCUGGAAGAUGGGCUUCUUCAAGAGAAAAUCCAGGGACUACUCAAAGGAGGACAUGAUGGACUGAGGCAUCCAGCAGCCCUGUCACCGACUGCUUUCAGAGCCGUCAGGUUGCACAAAGCGACGGGCAGGCUUUAAAACGGACGGUUGCACAGACGGAAGAGACGCCACAAGACCCACAGACACCUCAGCACUACGACGCAGUGAUGACCUGGAAAACACAGUUAUCAUUCACUGUUUCCUAUGCAGACCUGGGCCAGAUAAUGUUUGCAAAUUCUUCCCAACCGUUUUUUCCUUUUGGUGAGCUCAAGAUUACGACACUGGGGCUGUUCAGAUGGUCUCACACAGGGAAAGCGCUUAAUCAAACACUUUCCCUGUAAUUGUAUAAAGUUGUUGCCACUAACUGUAAGCCUUAUUUGAAGCAUUUGCAAAUACUAUUUGUUCUAGGUCAGCUUCUUUCCUGCAGAUAUAAACCAUCACUUAGCAGGCAUCUGUCGGCAGAGUAGCAUUUAUCUGUAUUACAUACAGCAGUUUUACAAAACCUUCAGAGCUACAACAGCUGCACUCCAGCUUUAGAGGAAAAAAGUACUCAGGUUUUUUCGGUGUGAAGAUCGAAUGUCGCCAAAGCCGCGUCACAUAAUUUCUAUGCCAUUACAGCAGCAAUGUCCAAAGGUUUUUCCGCUUGUGGGACAUACAGUAUGUGAAUUUUAUAUGUGUUGUUGCUGUCUGACGUUUAUGUGCUUCAUUAGUUUUAUGACACACUGUACCUUUUAGCAUUUCGUUUUUGGUUGGUGUUUCUGCUGAAUUUUAACAAUAUAACAUGGCACAUUUUUAAUUUCACAAUGUUAGUGCUAAAGACACUGACCUGACGGCCAAAAUUCAUUUUAAGCCAAGGUGCAGCCUGUAUGCUUUUAUUUUUUUAUACUUCUAAUCUUACUUAAUCAGUUGAAAAACAGACUUGUCCCUUCUCCAAUGUUAAUUCUUUGUAAUUAUUGUCAAAUCCAAACCUUUAUUUGUACUGUAAAUAUAAGUAAAUGCUCAAAAUGUAAAGCUUAUAACUGUACAUAUUAGUGUUUUGCUAUAGUUCAUGUAAUUUAAGAGAUGUUUUUUGUGAUCACUUAGCAGGCAUCUGUCGGCAGAGUAGAUGAUUUUGCUCAGGUGCAAAGUACCAUGGAGGAUGACAUUUAACUUAACUUUUGAUGUAUUAGAAAAACAUCUGGCCUCCCUCACAAUUUCGAAGCUGUUGCAAAUGUGUAAAUAUUGUUAUAUUUUGGUGAGAAAAUGACAGUUUAAUUAUUCUGUACUAAAAAUAUACAGGAAAAUGAGGGUUUGUAUCCACUGCUUUGGUUUUGUUUGAUUGAAAGUGAUGUUUUGAGCCUCGUGAAAGACUGUUUUCAGGCUUUAAUUAACAUGACUGAGAUGAGAUACAACUGUGGCAUAUUUUGACUUCAAUCUUUUUAUCUGCAAAAUAGAAAUAUGUGUGGCACCAUUCACCAGCAGUAAAUGGGAUUCAUUGGUCAGCAGUUUAUGGUUUAGACAAACUACAACAUGUACGGAAAUUAUUAGCGUGCUGUAGGCUCAAUGUCUCCCCAUAUGCGGUACACAGUACCUUACAAAGUUAUUCUUUCAGGUGUUCGGUCUUGUUUUCCUUUCCAGAAGUUGCACAGCUUCACAAUAUAUCACAAAGAGAUUACAUUGUAUUUUGGGGAGAAUGUGUUUGUGCCUCGUUCUUGACUUUUUCCUCUCUCGAUGUUGAGAAGAAGAAGCCAGAGGCCAAUUCUCACCCUCCACUGUUGAUAUGAAGCACAUGUAAUAAAUUGUAUGUAGAGAA